AUGAAUAUCAAUGAACGAUCAUUAACAACAUUAUCUAGCAUGAACUCUCAAGGAUCGGCUGGUGCAUCGAAUCCUUCAGAUGAACAGACCGAACCGGCUUCGACGCUCAGCUUUUUCGCACUUGAUUAUAAAAAACACGAGGAUCUCAAGCAAAUGCUAGACAGUAAUAAAGACAAUUUAAAAUUAGAGGCAAUGCGUCGAAUCAUUGGAAUGAUUGCCAAGGGUAAAGACGCUGCCGAUCUCUUUCCACCGGUAGUGAAGAACGUUGUUUCGAAAAAUAUGGAAGUGAAAAAAUUGGUCUAUGUUUAUCUAAUGCGUUAUGCUGAGGAGCAGCAAGACUUAGCAUUACUUUCAAUCGCAACAUUUCAACGUGGAUUAAAAGAUCCAAAUCAAUUGAUCCGCGCAAGUGCCUUACGCGUUUUAUCAAGCAUUCGUGUUCCUACGAUCGUUACUAUUAUGAUGCUAGCGAUACGCGAUGCAGUUAGUGAUAUGUCACCUUAUGUGAGAAAAACAGCGGCCAAUGCGAUAGCGAAAUUAUACGCUUUGGAUCCGGAACUGAAAGACGAAUUGGUUUUAAUUAUUACGAAACUACUUGCUGAUAAAACAAUCUUGGUCAAUGGUAGUGCUGUUCAAGCAUUUGAACAUGUUUGUCCAGAACGAAUUGACUUAAUUCAUAAGAAUUAUCGACGUUUGUGCAAUCUUUUGGUUGAUAUUGACGAAUGGGGACAAGUGACUGUUCUAAACAUGUUGACAAGAUAUGCGCGUUCACAAUUCAUUGAUCCAAAUAAAACAUAUGAAGAUGAACAGAAAAAUUUCUAUGAAGAUGAAACUGAAAAGAGGGUUGACGACGAAGAGCAAGAUGAAGAAUUAGAAAAACGAACAUAUAUUAUGGAUAGUGAUCAUCGAUUAUUACUACGAUGUACUAAACCACUACUGCAAAGUCGAAAUUCAGCUGUUGUCAUGGCUGUGGCUCAGUUAUAUUACUAUGUCGCACCGAAAAGUGAAAUACAAAUCGUUGCCAAGUCGUUGAUUCGUUUGCUCCGCCAUCAUCGUGAGAUCCAGACAAUUGUUUUAAAAGCAAUCGCGUCGAUGGCAGAUAAACAUAAGAAUAUUUUCGAGCCGUAUUUAAAAUCAUUCUAUGUUCAUUCGAAUGAUAGCGGUCUUGUUAAACGUUACAAACUCGAAAUUCUAACGACUUUGGCAAAUGCGUCAAAUAUUUCAACUAUACUUCGAGAAUUUCAAACUUAUGUCUUGAGUCCGGAUAAGGAGUUCGGCGCUCAAACCAUUCAUGCCAUCGGUCGAUGUGCCAGUACAAUAUCUGACGUAACAGAAGCGUGUCUUAAUGGUCUCGUUGCGCUGAUGUCGAAGAAAGAUGAGACUAUCGUUGCAGAAAGCGUCGUCGUAGUGAAAAAACUAUUACAAAUUAAUCCAUCGCAAUAUAGCGAAAUCAUCAAGCAUAUUGUUCGAAUGGUUGAUAAAGUUACAGUUCCUACAGCUCGUGCUUCGAUUCUUUGGCUCAUUGGAGAAUAUUCCGACCGCAUCAGUAAGCUAGCCCCGGAUGUGUUAAGGAAAAUGGCCAAAUCAUUUCCGGAUGAGGAAACCAUUGUUAAACAUCAAAUUUUGAACCUAGCGACAAAACUCUAUGUUGUCAAUGCGAAACAAACACAUCUGUUAGUUCAAUAUGUAUUCAAUUUAGCUAAAUAUGACACAAACUAUGACACACGUGACAAAGCACGACUGCUUCGAGCAUUACUGUUUCAAGCAGACAAAUGUCCAGCAUUGAGUAAGCAUGCGAAGAAGAUUCUACUAGCACCGAAACCAGCGCCCGUUCUUGAAUCCAUCGUUCGAGAUCAUGAUCAAUACACAUUGGGAACUUUGUCAUUCGUCAUUGGUCAGAAAGCCGUUGGUUAUAAAGAUCUACCGGAAUUUCCAUUGGAAGCACCAGAUCCGAAUGUUCGUAAUGUGGAAAUUAUCGCGCCGCCGACGCCACAACAUGAUUUAUUUCGAAAAUCGAAUGCUGGCGGAGGAACGGCUACUGGUGGAAAGAAGAAGAGCGGUACAGCGGACGAUUUCUAUUCGGACGAAGAAGAAGACACGUCAACUGAAGGACCUGAUGAUGAGGAAGAUGAGGAAGACGAAGAGGAGGAAGAAGACGGCGAUGAAGAAGAAGAAGAAGAGGAAGAGGAAGGAGAGGAUGAGGAAGAAGAAAACGAAAACGAAAAGCCCACAACUGUGGAAAUUAAAAAUAAUUCCAACGAAUAUGAACAGUUAGACGCUCGACCAACAAACAAUGUCGAACAAGAAGAUGAAGAUGAGGACGAAGAUGAGGAGGAGGAGGAGGAGGAAGAAGAAGAAUCUGAAGAAGAAAGCGAUGAAGAAGAAGAUGGAUCGUCUGACGAGGAAGAGCCAAUUCCUAAACAAACAUCAACUGUGGCAAAAUCAGCUUCGACUAUCGCAGUUAAUGAUUAUACAAUUCCUGCACAAGAAAAAUCUCUCUUAGACAUGGAUUUGGAAGCAUUUCUCGGCUCAGCAUCGACCACUGUCCAGCCAGCGCCAGCUAAACCAGCCAUGUUCGAUGAUUUACACGGCUUAGACUCGCUCACGACAACAUCGUCAACUCAGGCAAAAGAAUAUGAUUGUUUGAAUCGUAUUACUGGUCAAGGUUUACAAAUACAAUAUCGUUUUCCUCGUACACCAUUUCCUCAGUCACCAAAUAUGGUCCGUGUCGAACUGAUAUUCACUAAUACAACCUCAAAUAAAGACAUCUCAGCAAUAAAAUUCCUCAAAUCAAAGUCCAAUUUAAAUAUCCAAGGAUUUGGAGAAAUCGAUGUUUUGCCAAGCGGUGCAUCGAAAGUAGUAUCGAUCGGCAUUGAUUUCAACGAUAAAACCCAGCCCGCAUCAUUCGAGAUUUUGUUCGAUAAUAAUGCUCAACCAACGGCACUAACCAUAUCCUCUCAUGUGGGGGAAUUAUUCGAACAGCGUUUUCUGAACGAGCAAGAGUUCAAUCAACAUCUAGCUCGUCUACGUGGCAUGAAUGAGAUCACUGGCAGUAUCAAUGUGGAUGAAACCCAGCAAUCGAAAUUUAACUUCACAACAAUUCAAAGCAAAGUAUUACAAUGCGCCAAUUUGAUCUCUGUUCCGUCGGGCUCUGGAGAUUCGUCAAUUUUUCGCUUUUCUGGACAAACAAUCUCAAGUAAAUCUCUUCUACUUCUAACAAUUCAGCUAAAUCCACGACAGUCAACGAUUAACCUAACGAUUAAUUCGGAUCAAAUCGUGCUCGCAACGAUGUUGCUCAAAGAACUCAAACAAACAUUUCCAUAA